GGGCGAAAUUGUCGUCCCAGAGGUAGACAAAGUCUGGGGGGAAGAGGAAUACAAAUCAUUGCUGACUCAAUACUCAACAAUGAUACUACCAGACCUCAAUUGCUCUUCUUUCGGCCUCGCUGCGUGGUGUCAACGGCGUGUGGGAUUCGGUGGUGUGCGGGGCGGGGCAGGGUGCUGCCGUGCCUGCCGGAGCUUUGUGUGGGCUGACUGGAGAGGGCGGUCUCGACCAGGGACGGCCUGCCGCAGCUAUGAUGUCGCCGGGUUCCGACAAUCUUAAUAACUUGCCCAGCCCGACGCCUCAGCUCCCUACGAUUUCCUCUCAACAUGUUCUCCUAACAUUCUUCACCCCUCCCUGUUGGGUCUCACUGGCAUCGGACAAAUCGUCACUCUCGACUUGCGUGCCCUCGUCAGAUCGCCCUCUCGCCGCUCUCUGCCUCUUCUUCUCUUUCCUCUCUUCCCUCUUACCCAAGGGGCCGUCGCUAACAGCAUGGCAUCACCAAUUGCCUCAGCGGCGCUCAGGGCGCGCAUAAAGCGGCCGUCUAUGCUGAAAAAGCUGUGCCAUCCUGAAGAUCUGCUGCCGCACUUCCCCAACGGCGCCUACAUCGGUUGGUCCGGCUUCACCGGCGUUGGGUACCCCAAAAAGAUGCCCACCUUCCUCGCGGACCACGUCGAAAAGAACAACCUGCAGGGCAAGCUGCGGUACAGCCUGUUCGUGGGCGCCUCGUCUGGGGCUGAGACCGAGAACCGCUGGGCAGCGCUAGACAUGAUCGAGAGGAGGGCUCCUCAUCAGGUCGGCAAGAACAUAGCGAAAGGCAUCAACGAGGGGCGGAUCAAGUUCUUCGACAAGCAUCUGUCCAUGUUCCCGGUGGACCUGGUAUACGGCUUCUAUACCAGGGAUAGACCAAACAACAGGAUCGACGUGGCUGUGGUGGAAGCAACCGAGAUCAAAGAGGACGGCAGCAUCGUUCCCGGCGCUUCUGUCGGCGCGACCCCAGAGCUUCUGCAGCUCGCGAACAAGAUCGUCAUCGAGGUCAACACCGCGCUCCCUAGCUUCGACGGCCUGCAUGAUAUCACAAUGACCGACCUGCCUCCGCGCCGGAAGCCGUACCUGAUCACCGAUGUCGAGGACCGCAUUGGCACCAACUCCAUCCCCAUCGACCCUGAGAAGGUGAUCGGAAUCUUGGAGUCCGACUACCAGGACCAGACGCUGCCUAAUACCCCGGCCGACGAGACGUCGCAGAAGAUCGCCGGCCACCUGAUCGAGUUCUUCGAGCACGAGGUCAAGCACGGCCGUCUGCCGGCCAGCCUGCUGCCGCUGCAAUCGGGCAUCGGCAACAUCGCCAACGCCGUCAUCGGCGGCCUGGACAACUCCAACUUCCGCAACCUCAAGGUCUGGACCGAGGUCAUCCAGGACACCUUCCUGGACCUGUUCGACUCGGGCCGGCUCGACUUUGCCACGGCCACGUCGGUGCGCUUCUCGCCCGCCGGCUUCGAGCGCUUCUACAAGAACUGGGAGUCGUACCGCAACAAGCUCCUGCUGCGCUCGCAGCAGGUGUCCAACUCGCCCGAGAUCAUCCGCCGGCUGGGAGUGAUCGGCAUGAACACGCCGGUGGAGGUGGACAUCUACGCGCACGCCAACUCGACGUGCGUGCUGGGCAGCCGGAUGCUCAACGGGAUCGGCGGCUCGGCCGACUUCCUGCGCUCGGCCAAGUACAGCAUCAUGCACACGCCGUCGACGCGGCCGUCCCGGACGGACCCGCACGGCGUCAGCUGCGUCGUGCCCAUGUGCACGCACGUCGACCAGACCGAGCACGACCUCGACAUCAUCGUGACCGAGAACGGCCUGGCCGACGUGCGCGGCCUGAGCCCCCGCGAGCGCGCCCGCGUCAUCAUCGACAAGUGCGCCCACGAGCUGUACCGCCCCAUCCUCCGGGCCUACUUCGAGAAGGCCGAGAGCGAGUGCCUGCGCAAGGGCAUGGGCCACGAGCCGCACCUGCUGUGGAACGCGUUCGACAUGCACAGGGCGCUGCAGGAGGAGGGGAGCAUGCAGAAGGUGAAGCUGUGGUAGUCGGGUUGCUGAGAACGGAUGGUGUUUUGAGAGUGGCAGGGGGGUUCCGUUUUGUCAACCAACCCACUGCAUGUUAGCGACCUGGUUGGGUAAGUCUUGCAGGGAGAAGGGCUGGCGUUGAGAAGAGAGAGCAAAAACUGUAAAUAAGAGGAUACAAUAGGUAAAUAUUUGUACACUUCGUUGACCAAGUUCAUGAAACUUCCAGGUUGGUUCCUUACCUGACUUUUGUGCCUUCCAGCGGCUUUUUGAC